GUUACAGGCCUUCUUCCGUUGCUAAAGUCUAUUCACCGCCCGACCGAGCUUAGGAAAUAUGCAGGCGAGACUUUCGGUAUCGACGGCUAUGGCUGGCUGCAUCGGGGCGCCAUCGCCUGCGCCUUGGAACUGGCCCAGGAUAAACCGACCCGGAAAUAUGUCGACUUUGCUAUGCACCGUGUCAGAAUGUUCAAGCACUUUGGUGUGACCCCGUACCUUGUCUUCGACGGUGACUACCUUCCGAGCAAGGCCAAGACUGAGGAGUCCCGCGAGUCACGCCGGGAGUCAAGCAGGGCCAUCGGCUUGGGACUCUUAAAGGCCGGGAAAUCAGCACAAGCACACCUUGAGCUGCAAAAGGCCAUCGAUGUUACGCCAGAAAUGACCCGCCAACUAAUCGAGGAACUGAAGAAAGCCUCAAUCCCAUACGUGGUUGCGCCGUACGAGGCAGAUGCUCAACUGGUCUACCUCGAACGCCACGGUCAUAUCAGUGGCAUUGUAUCCGAAGACUCGGAUCUUCUCGUUUUUGGCGCCAAGAGACUCCUGACAAAACUGGACCAGCACGGUCAGUGCAUCGAGAUCAACCGAAGGGAUUUUUUGUUAGUUCGCGAAAUAUCUCUCACUGGGUGGACCGAACACGAGUUUCGACAUAUGGCCAUUCUCAGCGGUUGCGACUACCUGGCAGGAAUCAACAAUAUGGGGCUCAAAACGGCAUAUCGGAUGAUUCGCAAAUACAAAACCCCUGAGCGAGUGAUCAAAAUGAUACAGUUCGACAGCAAACACCGCAUUCCUGAAAACUACCUUGCAGAUUUCAAGCACGCGGAGUUUACGUUCCUGUAUCAACGCGUCUUUUGCCCCCAGAAAAGGGAUAUAGUGUGCUUGACUGAGCCCGAACCUUCGGUGGAUGUCACCAAGAUGCCUUUUAUCGGGGCUCCGGUCGAGACAGAGCUGGCGCGAGCAAUAGCCGUGGGGGAUGUCAAUCCUAUAACCAAAAAGCGCAUCUUGGUUCCAACUUCGCCAUCAAAGAGGAGGAUCAGCCAGACUUUCCCUUCUGCUGCCGACACAAGUAGCAGACGUUUAGGGAAGCCUAUUAACGAAUACUUUGUGGGAGGUCGCCGAAUUCCUCUUGGGGAGAUGGAUCCGAACUGCUUUUCGAAUGAACCUCCACGAAAUAAUGGCGUACUUGAAGCCGUGCCCCGGCCUCUGGUGUUUCCCCUACCAAGGCCGUAUGUGGACAGCACAGAACCGAUGAUGAGCACUGCUCGUCGAUACAAUUCUGCUUCAUCGCGACGGAAAACGGAACCUGUAUCAAAGUUUCUUGGCCUUGACAGUGAUCUCCUCCCAUCAAACCGUCGGCGAACAGCUGGGCCUGUGGUUGAGGUGUUUCAGGAUGCCAGCUCUUCUACGCGACCGCCAAAGAAAGCGAGAUUGUGUGAAGACUUGUCAACGGCUAGCAUUGCGGACCAAACUGCAGAGAGAAGCAAAUUCUUCGCUGCUGGCAAAAAGAAGGCAACUCGCGAAAAGAAGACGCCUGCAAACGAAAAAACAGAUCAGAUCCUCAUGUCUGACGACUCCAUCACCGAGGCUUUGUGGAGCCUACCGGAUUUGAAUUGCCUGGACUCUCAAGGAAAGGCCCCUCGGGGCACUAACGAGGCUCAGCUGUUUGAAGAAGGGCUCGCCCAAAAAUGCACAGGGAACAUUACCAACGUGGAGGGCGAAGUUGAUGGCAAGGCUGAUAUCGAAGAUGUCGAAGUCCCCGCAUCAUCUCCCCGAGGACGGUUCAGCGAAGAGGGCGCUCAUUGCGAAUCCAUUUCCGACACGCCUCCUCAAGGACGGUUGCAGCAAUUUUGUUACAGCUCAGUGCGUCCAAACACCCGAAUCGUUCAUGGGUUACCGACGCCUUCGUCGAGCACACAGACGACGGCGAGUCCGAUGAGCACCCCUCCAAAGCAUACAGUAACCUCAUUUCUGACGCCAUUACAACGUAUUGGAGCCCAGGCACUUCAGCGGGGCAAGCCUCGGUCGAUGUCAUCGGCGUCUCGGAAAAUGAAAUCCCCCAAGGCCCGGGAGUCGUUCGAUUCAUUGCCAGUGAAUCCAGCAUUCAUUCCGCUGCCGAAAGUAGAUAUCGAAGAAGUCAAGGCACUUAACCGGCCUUUGGGGAGUGAGGACCAGAUUAUCCCUGAUAGUGACGAGGAGAAUGAUCCAGACGCCUGCGAGGACGUGGCCGGUGACAGGCUAGCCUCUAACAAGCGAUUGAAUCUUUCGCGGUUUUUGUACGCCUGA